UUAGCAAUCAAAAUGUAGACUCCGAAGGGAUCCAUGUCGCGUCCGGGCUAGAUUUUCGCGUUUUUUCUCUCUUUCAUAGCCUCUCAACGUCAUGUCUGAUGAACAACGCGUCGUCUACCUGGAAGAUGUCGAAGCGGCAGUGCUUUCGACUUCUAACCCGGACAAAGACUCCGAAUCACCUAGCUCAACAUCACAAGAUGGCGCAGUAAAGGCCACAGUGACGGCAACACAGGCAACAGGCACGUUGAAGAGGCAGCGCACUCUGAUGGAUAUGCUAUCUGGACCACAGGAUUGUAAAAUCGCCGGAGUUCAGCGUUUAAAUGCGAUACCUUUCUCGCUGUCCCAAUACAUCGAAUCAAUUCCGCAGGAUCGCAGAUAUUUGCUAAAGCUGGAAUCCGAAUGCAUGGGCAAGAGUUGGUUGAAACUUCUAAAGGAAGAGAUCAAAAAGCCAUAUUUUAUCUCACUGAAGAAGUUCCUGUGGGAGGAAGGAGUUCAUGGCCCUGACGAGAGUGCUAAAAAUCUCAAAGUAUACCCCUCACCAAAAAAUAUUUAUGCGUGGUCUAAUACGCCCCUCGGAAAGGUGAAGGUCGUAAUCAUUGGCCAGGACCCCUACCACGGUCCGAAUCAAGCUCAUGGCCUCUGUUUCUCCGUCCCCAAGGGCGUCACUGUGCCGCCUUCUUUGAAAAACAUCUAUGCUGAGAUUAAGGCCGAGUAUCCCGAAUUCGAACCUCCUAAGCAUGGUAACCUCACAGCGUGGGCUGAUAAUGGUGUCCUCAUGUUAAACACCUGUCUUACUGUGAAGGCAAACAAAGCAGGGUCCCAUUCCGGCAAGGGCUGGGAAGAAUUUACUGACAAGGUUGUGGAUGUGGUUGACAAGUACGGCGGUGCCAAUCUUUCGUCCGGCGGAGAUUCCGAGAUGAACGGGAUUGGGCGUGGAGUGGUAUUCUUGGCUUGGGGGUCAUGGGCCGCAAAGCGUGUGGCCAAACUCAACAAGAUAAAACACUUGAUUCUGACUAGUGCCCACCCUUCGCCCUUCAGUGCUCAUAAGGGCUUUCUGGGCAAUGGUCAUUUCAAGGCUGCGAAUGACUGGCUCGAGAAGAAGUAUGGACCUCAAGGCAGAGUCGACUGGUGCAAUCUGGAUUAAUUGAACUAAUCAACGCAUGAAAAGCAUAAGAUACCACUCUUGUUAAUAUACCUACAGGAUACUGCCUGCACAUAUUGUAUACAUUGCGUAGUUUUUGCUAGUAGGUCUAGAUUCGCUGGCGCGCGUGAACGACUGCAUAAGGUGAUGA